AUUACAAAAAGGAGAGAGAGGAGAAGAACACACAGCGCUGCAGCACACUCAUCAGCAGGACUGUUCACUGGUCACUGCCCUGCAGAAGAAUACACCAUGACCGUGGAUGUGGAGAGGAUCAUUCAGUGCAUCAAACAAGGAGACCAGGACAGCGUCCAGGCGCAGCUGGAUGACUACAACACAGAGUACUCUCAGUGUUUCUUCUUUAAUGUUGAAGAAAAGGAGAGGAAGAAGCAACAGGAACUGGAGGAGUUCCGCAAGAAUAAAGUGAGGGAGUACGUUCCAGACUCUGACUCAGACCUUGGCUCAGACGAUGAUGAGUGUGAGGAUACUGAGCUGGUGUUGCGGAGGCGUCUGGCCUCGGCCCUGAUGUGGUUUAUCCGGACACAGCUGCAGCCAGGUGUUCUGAGAGUGUGUUUGAGGACCCUCCGUAUCCUGUCUCGCGACCGACAGGCUCUGGCGCCCUUCAUCACCGACUCCGCCAUCCUCACCCUCGCCCGCCUGGGUGGCGUCAGCUCCCUGCCUAUCCCUGGCCAUGAGGAAGAGGAGGAGAGAGAGGAGCACGAGCAGUGGAGCUCAGCCUGCGGCACCACCAGCUCUGAGUCAAGACCCACAAACAGCAGCAACUCAGGGUCCAAGGCCUACACUCUGGACACACACGGCCGCAUGAGAGAGGUCAUCAUUGAAACUCGAGGGGAGCGGCGCGGGUCAUACAGGGCUGAUGGGAUUCACAGCAUGUUGGCAAGGGGAAAGAGGGACGCCAGAGGAGAGAGGGAUGAGGAGGGGGAUGAGUGGUAUGAUGAUGGAGAAGUUUGGAGGAAGGAGGCUGUGAAGGCUCUCUGUAAUGUCAUCUACAACAGCCAGAGGGCGCAGGAGAGGGCGAGUGCUCUGAAGCUUCUCCCUGGAUUGUCUGAGAAGCUGAAGGACAGUAUCCGCUCUGCAGCGCCGCCCAGUGGGCAGUUCUAUGACCUGCGUCUCCUGUUUCUGCUGACUGCUCUGCGCCCAGAGCUUAGGAAACAGCUUCAGCAGGCGCGUGGUGUGUCCAUGUUGACGGCGGUGCUGGAGCAGUGUCUGGAGGUGCGCUGGGUGGAGGACUAUGAGGCGGUCACUGGCCCCAGAGCAGCCCCCAUCAGCCGAGACGCCUCCCAGCGCGCCAUAGAGAUCCUGAAGAUCCUCUUCAACAUCACGUACAGCAUGCACAGACAGGAGCCUGACGAGGAGGAAGCAGCUCUGUAUCGCCAUCUGGCUGCAGUGCUGCGUCACUGCCUGCUGCUGUCCUGCGAAGAGGAAGAAUUGGUAGAUGAACUGCAGGGCCAUACAGUGAACUUGCUGUCAGCCCUCCCUCUGCAAUGUCUGGACGUCCUUCUAUCCGUCCGCCUGUCCAAGGGAUCGAGGGAGUCCAGCGGCAUCAACAUGGACUGUGUCCACUCGCUGUUGCUGUUCAUGGAGAAGAGAUUGGACAGAGGUCAGAAGCUGAAAGAGAAGUUGACUCCUGUGCUGAACCUUCUGACUGAAAGCUGCAGAGGGCACAGAGAAACUCGGCACUAUCUCAGACAGCAGAUCCUGCCGCCCCUCCGCGAGGUGGGCCUGAGGCCAGAGCAGGGAGACACUCUAAGGAGCAAGCUGGUCAGACUGAUGACCCACGUGGACACAGACCUUAAGUACUGCGCAGCCGAACUGCUCUUUGUGCUCUGCAAGGAAAACGUGGGGCGGUUUGUGAAGUACACAGGUUACGGCAAUGCAGCUGGCCUGCUGGCAGCGCGGGGUCUGCUGAGCGGCCGUGGACCCUCGCCUAAGCCACAGUACUCCAGUGACUCGGACUCAGACACAGAGGAGUACAGACAGGCCAAAGACAAAAUCAACCUGGUGACAGGACGAGUGGAGGAGCAACAGCCCGACCCCAUGGAAGGAAUGACUGAGGAGGAGAAGGAGGCAGAGGCUGUCCGGCUCAUGAGCAUGUUCAACAGGCUCUCCAGGAAUAAGAUCAUCCAGCCGAUGGGGGUGACAGCAGAUGGCCGCUUGGCGCCCCUCUGUGGCCAAUGGAGGUACAGCUCCCUGGAGGAGGAAGAGGAGGAACAGGAGAUAGACUUUGAAGAUGAACUGGAUUAAUAAGGAAGACAGAAAGAGUUUUGGACAGGAAGAGGCAACAAGUGGAGCUGAAGAGGGAAAGAGGGCGAAAAGGAAGGACAGAGGAAAAAGACUGAUGUCCUAGAUGAAGGAAUGGAGUUUAAGAUGGAUAUUAUAAUAUGCUUACAAAUACAUGGAUAUGAGAUAAUGUGCCAGGCAGCAGUGAUAGUUGUAUGUACAACCAGGUGUGCAAGGAUGCGUUUUCAUUUGCAUGCACAUGUGCAGCCAUACGAGCAGUACAAAUUAGAAGCAGCCCUGCUGGAAAUUCCUCAGUCAUGUUAAAGACAGUAAGAGAAUGAGGGAAGCAAAGAGAGGGAGUGCAAGAGAGAGAGAGGGGUAGAGUGAGGGGGGUGGAGAGAGAGAAUAAGUAGAUCGAAAAAUGGACAUACAGAAAGAGAACAAGAGAAGCAAAGAGAGGGAGUGCAAGGGAGCGAGAGAGGGGGUAGAGUGAGGGGGUGGAGAGAGAGAAUAAGUAGAUUGAAAGAUGGACAUACAGAAAGAGAACAAGAGAAGCAAAGAGGGAGUGCAAGGAAGCGAGAGAGGUCGUAGAGUGAGGGGGGAGAGAGUGAAGAAGUAUACAGAUGGACAGAUAGGGACAGAUAGAGAAGAAGAGCAGAUAGAAACAAGAAAUAGAGAGGAAAAGAAAGAGAACAAGAGAAAGAGAGAGAGGAAGUAAACACUGACAGAGCAAAAAAGAAAGAUAAAAAGCAGAUAGAAUUAGAGAAGAGAAAUAAGGAGUGUGAGUGAGAGAGAGAGAGGGUAAAAGACAAGGGGACAGAAAAAGAGGGAGCGUGAGAGAGGAGAUAUAGAGGGGUAUAGGAAGAGAGUGGGUGAAAUAUGGGGACUGAAAAAGAAAGAAGAAGUAGAUGGAAAGUGGAAAUUGAAAGAGAAUGGGAAGAAAGAGAAAGAGGUGGAUAGAGAAAGGAAGGAAGCAAGGGAUAGAAGGAAAGAGAAAAGAGAGAGAGAUAAAAACAGAGAGAGAGAGACUGAAUAAGAGGGGGAUAAAGAAAGAGGAAGCAGCUAGAGAGAGAGAGAGAGAGAGAGACAAAGAAAGACAGCCAUCACCACGGAUAGACAAACACACUUAGAAAACGCCGGCAGUGUUGCCAUGGCUGCGUUGCUAUGGUAACUACAGGAAAUGUAGUUCUACAGAUUUGAGGGAUUUUUCUCCCUUCCUCCCGAGAGUGGAGUGUUUACCUUGAAGAGAACUGCUGAGGUUCAAAUCUAAUGCUGUACGCGCUGUAAUGAAAGAAUAAUAUGAGCUAAAUAAAAACCAUUUUCAUUUCCUGUG